CUGAUUGAGAACCAUACUUAGGUAGCCUGUUUUCCCACUUUUGUUUGUGGGUGGUUAUUUUCCGUUUCAGUGUUUUCACCAUAGGGGACUGUUUCGGUUUUCCUUUAUUCUCUUGUUCGUUUGUUUUCUGUGUUCAGUGUAAUAAAUAUGACAAACACUUACCACGCUGCAUAUUGGUCCAAUAUUUCAUACUCCUCCUUUACAGAACCACCCACCACAACGGACCAAGCAGCGUGGUAACCAGGAGCAGAGGGUUCUGGACUCCUGGACUUGGGAGGAGAUUUUGGACGUGAAGAGCAGUGAAUGGAUAGACAGAUACCACAUGAAAUUCCUGGGCUCGGUCCAAGUGCCCUACCACAAAGGCAAUGAUGUUCUGUGUGCAGCUAUGCAGAAGAGUAACCAGUGCAGCCACUUCUUCCAGUUGAAGAAUGUUUCCUUCUGUGGCUAUCACCCUAAGAACAGCAAGUACUUUGGCUUCAUCACAAAACACCCAGCUGACCAGAGAUUUGCCUGUCAUGUGUUUGUGUCUGAAGAUUCUACUAAACCCCUGGCAGAGUCUGUUGGGAAAGCCUUCCAGUUGUACUAUAAGGAAUUUGUAGAUUACUCCUGUCCAACAGUGGAUAUUUACCUGGAAUAGCACCCGCCCCAACUUCCCCCACAACCCUGUACAUUACAGAUUAUCAUAACAUAAAGUUGCAUGACGGAGAAAACAUUUCUAACAAAUAUUAACUAAUAUAUCUGACAAAAAUAUGGAGAGAGAGAAAGAAGGAGAGGUAUUGGUGUCUACUGUUUAUCCAAAUAUGUCAAACAGUAUGAAGAUUGAACAAAUAAUUGAUCCAAACAUAGUGGAGACGUUGAAGAGAGGGUUGCAAAAUAUGCUAAAUGGAGUCACUGAUGAGGAAGUUAAUGUGCCUAUGGUGUCCUCAGGCUGUCCACUCAAAGCACAAUGCUCAAAUCAUAGUGACCUGGACUGGAAUAGUCUGAGACUAAUCUUUGUCGACUUGAAUCCCAGGUAAGAACACUGGUCUUUGUGGACUUGGAGCUUGAAUCCCAGGUAGAACACUGAACUUUGUGGACUUGGAGCUUGAAUCCCAGGUAGAACACUGAGCUUUGUGGACUUGGAGCUUGAAUCCCAGGUAGAACACUGAGCUUUGUGGACUUGGUGAACCCCAGAAAAAACAGUAGUCACUAAGGUAACAGCAAAUGGAGGUCAGGGAAAAUAAAUUAAUUAAUUAAUGAACCUGCCAUAAAGAUCCUAUUAAAUUACUAGUAUUUGAGUAUUCUAAUCCCUAAUUCUUUGGAAUCUCACAUUUUGGUGUGAUACAUUGCGUGAGGGAAACUGAUUCUGCAUGAGCUAAUUGUGCAGUGUGUUUGGAGAGGGUGAUAAGGCCUCACUGGAGAGUCCUGUGGGCGAAGGUAACUAAUGAUCUAGGAUCAAAUUACCCUACCCCAACCUUUACAAUUAAGGGGAUGACAAAUGAUCUGCCAAAUUAUCAGUGGCUAACUGUUACUUAUUUUCCAUGUGGUUGCUCCCACUAAAACAAAAACAAGUAAGCAUUAGGGUCACACUGUUGACCAGGAAUGUGUCUUUAAUAUGCUGCAAAGCCUUUAAUAUGCUGCAAAGCCUUUGGUAGUAUCUCUGGUACAUUGUCAGAGCCUUCAAAUAUAUUCACAUUAAGGAAUCAAGCAAACAUUUAAAAAAAGGAGAUUCCUACCAAUAAAAGCGCUCACGUUG